UACAUGGAGAUUUAGUGUUACUGUGUAGAUUUUCUGUAUUCACACAGAAUAAGAAUCAGUUUUACAGUUGAAAUGUUGCUUGGAUGCAGGUUUUCUGAUUUAUUGGACAUCAUAAUAUGGGAUUUUUCUCAUUACUUUCACUUUGAAAGGUUUUUCAUUUGGAUCAAGGAAAUGUCGCCUGUAUGGACAUUUAGAUCAACUGCAUUUUUACUACGACAUGAAAGCAGGUUUUACAUUGACACUGAGAAACCAACCUCUGUCCCAGUCUCCUGGUUCCCUCGCUGUACCUCCCAAGUAUUCCUGUCGUGAGUAUUUCAGUUUAUCUCCUGGAUCCCGUUUUAUGCUACCCUCCUCCUCUCCAGUCUUCAGUGUUCUCGCCGGGUCCACCUGCCUCGAUCCCAGCCUCCUGGUUCCCUCGCUGUACCUUCCAAGUAUUCUUGUCUUGAGUAUUUUGGUUUUGUUAUCUCCUGGAUCCCCUGUUUUAUGCCACCUUUCCUCCUCUCCAGUCUCCAGUGUUCCUGCCGGAUUCACCUGCCCCUUUCCCAGCCUCCUUGUUCCAUUGUUGCACCUUCCAAGUAUUCCUGCCUUGAGUUUUUCGGUUUUGUCGUUACCUCCUGGAUCCCCUGUUCCACGCUACCUUUCUCCUCUCCAGUCCCCAGUGUUCCUGUUGGUUCUGCCUGCCCCUGUUCCAGUUUCCAGCCCCCCUUGCAGCUCUCCUAGUAAUACCUGUCCUGAGUCUAUCUGUUUUGUUGUUCUCAAGAAACCUAUUGUAAUCUGCCACGGAGUCCUUGGUGUGGUGUUUGCCUUAUUCCAAGUUCACACUACACGACUUUCCAAGUUGUUCAGAUUGCUGUACAGUUCACUCUACACGACAGGAUCUCUUGUAAUCGGGAGUCUUUCAAGUCGGUGUGGCUUUCACACUACACGACUGAUCGGCGAUAGUGGGUUUCACACUACACCAUCUAUAACAAACUGGAAUCGCAGGCGAGCUUCUUUGGUCUCCCGAUUGCUGAGCAAACACAGAGUUGCUCCCAAGCCGGCAAAUCUAGCGCCGACCAGUCACCGAGCGAAAAUCAGGGCAAAAAUUGUGUAGAGUGAACUAGGCAUUAGGGUUUCAAAAACCUCUGGGUGGUUUAACAGUUUAUUUUGGUUGAUGAAACGCUCGAUUAUCAUUUACAAAAAAGCAGGGCAAGUUGAGCAACACACUUACUCAUCUGACACGUUACUGGAAGGUGGGAAAGAAACCAAAAACUUGGAUGAAACAUAGAAAGGAUUUCAAAUUAUAAAAAAAACAAGUGACAGGAUCUCAGGAAAUAAACCUGGAUAUUAAAACUGUAAGGC